AGUGGGUCCUAUAGUUUCUACUCCUACCGUCCACUUCCGACUGGCUUUCUUUGUUUGGCAGUGGUUGUGCCCGUAUACACUCAGCUAAAAUCUCCACCAGUGACUGUGAAACAACAAAAGAAUAACAACCCAAAUCCACAUUAGUGAAUCAAAAUUUUGUGAAGUCCAGACAUAGAGAAGGUGUCAUCCCGUUGACAUUUGAAAGGCUGUGAGGAGCAAGCAGUGGGCUCGGGAAGAAAAGACCAGGAGAACCACCGGCGGCGCAGACUGCGUCCGCCUCCGAUGCAUGCCUGGUGAUCGCGAGCGCCGCUGGGGCCGCGGUCUGUGCGCCAUGUGGGCGUGCGCGCUGCUGCUGCCUCUCGUGGUGCGCGCCGCGUUGGCGCGCGCCUCCGCUUCCACGCCGCCUCCUCCGCCCCCGCCGCCACCGCCGCCUGUCACGGCGGGCAUCGAGCCCUCGGUGGUCGAGUGGCCGCCGCCGUCGGGCGCCGCCUCCGGCCUGGGACCGCGACAGCACGCCCACCCCACAGACUACAGCGGGGGCGGCGGCAGCGGCGGCGCCGUGAGCUGCGGGGGCGUGCCGGCCGUCCUCAACGUGUCCGCGCAGGGCCGCGGCGCGGUGCUGGACGCGCGCUACGUGUCGGGCGCGGGCGGCUCGGUGUCGGGCCGGCUGGUGCCGGUGCCGCAGCCGUGCUCGCUGCAGCCGUCGCAGGCGCACGCGCAGCCCUGGGUGGCCGUGGCGCCGCUCUCCUCGGGGGACUGCGCCCUCGCCGACAAGGUGCGCGCCGCCGCCAGGGCGGGCGCCGCCGCACUCCUCAUGUUCGGCGACGCCAGCGACGAGCGGCGGGCCGCCGACGAAGCCGCGCGCGACGCCAGACUCAUGCACGGCAACACGAGCGCCGUGGUGGCGGGCCGCUCUGCGGGGGAGGAGAUCGUGCGCCUGGCGCGCAACUACUCGGCCGUCUUCCUCUCCAUGGCGCCCGCCGCGCCUUGCACGCGCACCUACGGCGCCGCCGUCAACAGCGAGGACGCGUCCGGCGCCGGCGGGACGGGAAGCCUGUUCCUCGUAAACUCCAGGUUCACCAUUUGCAACACGGAGCUGCCGGCUUACAAGUGUGUCCACCUGACAUCGGUGCUGUUCGUGUCCAUCUCAUUUGUGGUAUUGAUGAUCAUCUCACUGGCAUGGCUGGUCUUCUACUACGUGCAGCGUUUCCGUUAUAUCCAUGCCAAGGACCGUCUCUCGAGGCGGCUCUGCAGUGCAGCAAAGAAGGCAUUGUCUAAGAUACCAACAAAGAACAUCAAAUCAGAAGACAAGGAAAUCCAAGGGGAUGGUGAAUGCUGUGCUGUGUGCAUUGAACCAUACAAGAUCUCAGAUGUUCUGAGAAUCUUGCCAUGCAGGCACGAGUUUCAUAAGUCAUGCAUCGAUCCCUGGCUGCUGGAGCACCGUACGUGUCCCAUGUGCAAGAUGGAUAUUCUGAAGCACUACGGCUUUGUGUUUACAGGAAGCCAAGAGAGCAUACUGCACAUGGAAAUUGAGGAAGUGGUGGGUCUUGGAGCAUCAAGUGGUCAUGACAAUGACAUUGAGAGCCUCAACGGUUCGCCACAGCUGAGACCAGCAAAUCGCACUAUGUCAGCCCCACCUUCACCAAACCUGGGCAGCCACAGCAGUGGGGCAUCAUCACCAACUGAACUCAGCCCUGCUCUGAGUGUGGGGCCUCGGUUUGCUUCUUCCAGCCGUGGAAGUGGUAUGCCUGUUCGUGCCUCUCGCCUAGUUGGGGGAGCAGUGCCAAGAGACCAGGUGUGCAGCAACUGCGGAUCUGGCCUGGCAAAGCCACUCGCUACCGACUGUGGUACCAAUACAAGUGUGACAUCUGUCAACAUAGACUCCUGUGUUAUGAAUGUGUGCGACACUCCUGAGACUGAUGAUGUGGAUGGUACUCAGCUGGAUAACACAUUGGGCACCAGGACAAGCCCGCACCACUCCAGUGCCACACACAAGUGAAGACAACCAGCAACUGUGAAGAACUGACUAUUUAGCACAUUGCUGACUCCUUUCAACCUUUACCCAGUAUUUAUUUUUUGUGAAAUGAAAGACUACUUACUUUAAUCUAAGUUCAAUGAACUUGUUAGGCACCUAUAAAGAAUUUGCGUAUUUUCAAAUACUCAUUGUAUAAAGAAACACACUCUGUAAAUUUAUGACUCUCAACUUAAUCGAGUAAGUGAUGGGUCUGUGUUACAGUUUCAUGAUUUUCUCAUGAAAAUAAACUCAAUAAACUGUGAGAAUAUUUAAACUAAUGAAUGUUGUUGAAAUCCAAAUGCUGUAAAAGAAGACACAUGGAUGUUUCUUCACAUAUUCAUAAUCUACUUGUUUUAGUUUUUGUGUUAGAAUGCCAAUAAAAAAAGUCUCAUGAAUAUUUCUCAUAUUGUUGUGUCAUGCAUGUAUGGCAAUAUCAGUCACUAGUUUGUGUUUUGAACAUAUUUUUUUUUAGUCUUUCAUGACAGAUAUCUUUAAUUUAUUACUGUGAGCCUUUGUUGUGUUUUUGUUUUUAUUAACACAAGCAGUUUAGCACAUAUUUUAGAGUUGCUGAACACCGUGUAUUAUUUCUCACAGUCAUCACCGGUAAUGUAGGAAACGAAGUGUGUAAGAAGGUGUUCUUAGAUUUAUGGCUGUAUAGUUUCACUUAAUAUGUGUGAUGAUUUAGAAACCAAUUUGCUUUCAGUCUUCACAAAACAGUAAAGAGUUGUUAGUUUCUGAAAUCUGAUAUACACACUGCAAGAUGACAUGACAAGAACUGGAGAAUAUUUCACUAUGUUAACAUGUGAAAACUUCAGUUGCAACAGCUUGUACGUUAAUAUAGAAUAAAUGUCGUGGAUUUUUUAAACAAAACUAAUAAAUGUGGUUGCAAUGACUUAUUUUUUUCUGUCCCUGUGAAAAUGUUUGGGAUAUCAAAUUACAGUCACUGAAAUAAAAAAUAUGUAAAUUAUUUUUACAGCAUGAGAAAAUUUUACAAUACAGUAAAGUAAAUCACCCACAGCAAAUUUAUGAAAACAAAAUAAAUAUAUCUUACAUGUCCUAGCUUGGGAUGUGCUGACCUCACAGUCACUGUAGCUGUGAUCUACAGAGGUGAAUGCUCUCACCAUAUACCCUACUGUUCCUCAUAUAUGUACUUACCUUGACAGUGAACUUUUUUUGUUAUUUGGAAAUAUGUUAAUGUAAGUUAACCUUAGUGUAAUAAUUGUAUAUAUGUUUUAGUUGAGUGCAGCAGAUUUCAUUAUUUAAACAAAUGGAUCUCACUUGUUUGUACUUAGUCUGGAUUUACUAGAAGAUGUGUCCUUUUUUAAAACCCUUACAAAAUAGUAAAACUGACAUUUUUAUCCAUACUGUACCUUUCACAUCCCAUGAAAAAUGUAAAAAUAAAUAUUAUGCAUUCCAGCAGAUA